CGGAGGGAUUCUGUUAUUCCCUCCGCUGAAGAAUAUCAAUCGCAGAUUUGCAGUGUGGCUAAUGAGCAGAGUAGAUCCUCUGUCACAGACAAUUGUAGUUAAUAACUGUAAGAGAAUCAAGUUUAACAAAAUGGACGUGGAGAAAGUAUUCGGAAUACCUUGCCAUGGUAAGGUUGUAUCGGAUUGUAACAUGCCACGAAAGGUUAUAAUUCCUACGGUCAAAAAGUCUUACCCGGGAACAGACGCAAGGGAGAAUCGAAGUAUAAAGGCAGCACAAGAAGUAGUAGAGAAGCAGUGUAGUGGCACUAUGACAGAUACAGAACAGGAUGCAUUUAAAGUUGCAUUUGUAAUAUAUCUAAUGUCAACUUUACUAGCUCCUGGAUCAAAGUAUGACUAUGUCUCUUUGGAAUAUUGGGGCGCUCUGGUUGAGCCAGCAAGCAUCAAAGAUUUCGACUGGUGCGAGUAUGUACUCAGAAAAUUAUUACAAGCAGUUGUCAAGCUGAAGAAUGAACUACAAGUAGGCAACAAGGUUUCCAAUAUUACAGGGUGCUCUGUCUUCCUACAGAUUCUGUACCUGGACAGUAUAGAUAUUGGAGUAAUGAACAUGGAGCAUUCAUCAUUCCCGCGAAUCAAGCAUUUCGCAGCAGAAGAGCUGAAAUCAAUGAUUCUUGCUGACAGCUUAAGCAGGAAACCAGACAACCUCGACUUUGAGUAUGGGAGAAGUCAGCUGCGUGAGGCCGCUGGAAUAUGUUACUCUUGGGCAUGCCAGUCUUUCAGCGCGUGUGCAGGAAAAAUAGGCACUACUUUGCCAGGCCUAUGGGAAGUUGCAUGCUCCUUCUCACGUGCACUUGGAGUUCAUAUGAAGGCUGCAGGGGCUCUGUUUUUUGCAGUAGCUGAAUUUGAGGUGUUAAGCACCAGGAAUCAAUGCAACCACUCUUCAAGCAUCGCAUCAGUUCUAUCAACAAUAAUCGAGCCUUUCACGAGAGGAUUCUGCUACACAACAUGCAGGGAGCUGGCAAUAGGAUGGAUAGAGUGUGAUAUUUCAAAGAUGCUGGAUGAAGCCUCAUUGUUUGUUUGCUCUAAAUGGCAACAUAGAAUAUGUGAAUACGAGAUCCAGCCAGCAAGAUCCACCAUUUCUGCUGAGUCAGCCAAUCUAGAAAGCUGCAAAUGUAAGAAGAGGCCGAGAGAUUAUGCAGCCAGCAGAAAACAUUAAGCAGCACGUGCAUCAUACCAAUCCACAAAACCAAAUGUCAACUUUAUAUUCCCCAGGAGGCACCUUAAGCAAGGAUGAACAGGCAACCAUAACAAGGGAUGAAGAUGCAACCAUAAGAAGGGAGUUUAUCCCACAUUCUGCAUCUACAACUGGGACAUUACUCAAAGCUCUCAAGGAUUAUCAUCCGAACAUACAAUUCGACACUACACCAUUGCCACAGAAAGAUUCAGGCACUCUUGAUCUGCAGACAGAUACCGUUAACAGUAGCCAAGGAGACAAGACAAGAUCGAGGGGGCCACCGAUCUUCGACGAUUCAAUCAGCAACCAGAAGAAAAAGACAUAUGUUUGGCACAACACAUAGGAAACAUAUAUUGAGUUGAACACAUAGGAAAUUUUGUUCAUCAGACACACAAAUCUGCUAUCAGUUUGGCUUACACAGACACUUAAAUCUGCUAUCAGUUUGGCUUACACAUACACACAAAUAUGCCUUCAGUUUGGCUUACACAUACACACAAAUAUGCCACCAGUUUGGCUUACACAGACACACAAAUGCUAAACAAGAGACAUUCAUAACUAAUAACAUAAUCAGUUUGUCAUA